AUGAUCUCUUCAUCUGUUUCUGUCUCACCGGUGAUCUCUUCAUCUGUUUCUGUCUCACUCAUGAUCUCUUCAUCUGUUUCUGUCUCACUCAUGAUCACUUCAUCUGUUUCUGUCUCACUCAUGAUCUCUUCAUCUAUAUCUGUUUCAUUCAUGAAUUCUUCAUCUAUUUCUGUCUCACUCAUGAUCUCUUCAUACUUUUCUGUCUCAUUCAUGAUUUCUAUAUCUGCUUCUGUUCAUGAUCUCUUUAUCUGUUUCUAUUUGACUUAUGAUCACUAUGUUUUCUGUCUCACUCAUACACUUUAUAUCUGUUUCUUUUUCACUCAUGAACAUUAUAUCUGCUUCUGUCUCACUCCUGAUCAUUAUAUCUGCUUCCGUCUCACUCAUGAUCAUUAUAUCUGUUUCUGUCUCACUCCUGAUCAUUAUAUCUGCUUCUGUCUCACUCCUGAUCAUUAUAUCUGCUUCUGUCUCACUCCUGAUCAUUAUAUCUGUUUCUGUCUCACUCCUGAUCAUUAUAUCUGCUUCUGUCUCACUCAUGAUCAUUAUAUCUGUUUCUGUCUCACUCCUGAUCAUUAUAUCUGCUUCUGUCUCACUCAUGAUCAUUAUAUCUGCUUCUGUCUCACUCCUGAUCAUUAUAUCUGCUUCUGUCUCACUCCUGAUCAUUAUAUCUGCUUCUGUCUCACUCAUACCCAGUAA